GCUCGCUGCUGGGCUGCCUCCCCGACCGACGACGCAGAAAAGCAGAGAAAGAAGCGCAGACGCAGCGGGUAGAAACUUUCCUUUAACGUUUUUAGAAUCUGUUUUUAACUUUCUCCCGCGGCGCUCCCGCUGUUUGGAGAGAUCCACGGCAGACCUUUACGCGCAGCCUGCUUGUUUGGAGACGUUUGCGCGUGAGGGUGUGUGCGUAACGCGGAUCUCACCUGACCGACGAAGGUAGAUUUCACUCCGCUUGUUGUAGGAUGUGAAUCUCCCUGAUUUUUCCUGUUUGCGGAGCGCAGAGGCGGAUAUCUGCGGGGGAAACAUGCGCAGCCCUGUGAGGAGCAGCACCGCAGGCGCAGCUGAGGACUGAGACUUCCCACGGAGGAAAAAUAAGUUUUCCACUCUUCAGGAUGGAUGGAGAACAUUCUGCUCUGUCAGGAGUUGAGAGGGAAAGAGAGAGGCUUCCACCCAUCUACACCAGCUCUCCUCCUGUUUUGGGACGAGGACCCAAGCAGCCGUUUCCGUCUCUGGGGACCUUCAUCUCCACGCUAAGCCAGAGGAGAGACGCAGGAGGGCGGGGCUUCGCCAUCGGCAUCGGGGGCCCGCUGACCGGCCCCCUGGGGAUCAGGCACACCGUGCGGGAACUGCCUCCCAUCUGCAGCGACGUCCGGCAGAAGCAGCGGCUCUCCAUCGACACGCUGCCUCAGGAAGUCAAGGCUCCGUUCCCCUGCGACCCCGUCAUCCCCCUCCGGACCAAGACCACCAAGGAGUUCCAGGAGGACGUGGAGCGAGCCGCCCAAUCAGGUGACUGGAGGGAAGUCAGAGAGUUUUACCUGACGACCUUCGACUCUUUCGUAGAAAUCAACGCCGCCUUCAAGCGAGAGGCGAACGGAUUGUUCAACACUAUCGAGGACUCAGGGGUCAACGGCAAGUUCGUCAGCGCGGUUUACGACUCGCUGCUCAGCACACCUCAGGACAUCCAGAAGUCGGUCUUGAAAGGAAUCAUCAACAGCCUGCUGAGAGAGUGGAAAGGGCCUCGGACAAAAGACGACCUGCGGGCGUAUUUCAUUCUGAUCCAGAACCCCCAGUAUUCCAGCACCAGCACCUACGUGAUCUUCGCUCACCUGCUGCGGCAGAUCGCAGCGUUGUCCGAGGCCGACCACCACUUCCUGGUUCACUGGCUCAAGAGGCUGUCCGCCAGGCGCUUCCGGCAGCUGGUGGAGCGCCUCCUGCAGUUCAUCUCCACGCGGCUGUUUCCUGCAGAACCAGACGAGCUUCCUCCUUCAGCCAAGUGUUCCUGGUGGAUUCCCUCGGCCACCAAAGUGCUCAGCCUGUUCAAUGCAGCCAACAGCGUCUCCUCUCCUCCCAUCAUGCCCUUCACCGACUUCUACAACAUCACUCUGGAGCACAUAGACUUCAUGGAGGACUACAGGACCUGGCAGAACUACGGCAACUCAAACAGGUUUUCUUUUUGUCAGUUCCCCUUCAUCCUGUCGACUGUGGUGAAGAAAGCCAUCAUCCAGAAGGACUCGGAGCAGCAGAUGAUCAGCCAGGCCAGGCUAAGCCUGGUGAGCAAAGUGUCCCGCAGGCAGAGGGUGGACAUGAACCUGCUGUUCCUCAACAUUAAAGUUCGACGAGCACAACUCCUGAGCGACUCGCUGGAUGAGUUGAUGAGGAAACGGUGCGACCUGAAGAAGAAGCUGCGGGUGACGUUUGUCGGGGAGGCGGGGCUUGACAUGGGCGGUCUGACGAAGGAGUGGUUCCUGCUGCUGGUUCGCCAGAUCUUCCACACCGACUACGGGAUGUUUACCUUCAUGAAGGACUCGCGCUGCCACUGGUUCAGCAGCUGGAAGAGCGACAACUACUCUGAGUUCCAGAUGGUCGGGACUCUGAUGGGCUUAGCGGUUUACAACAGCAUUGCUCUGGACAUCCACUUCCCUCUCUACUGCUACAGGAAGCUGCUCACUCCGCCCACUGUACCAUCUGAUCCUAAUGCUUUUGUUGGCACGGCAACGGCCACCUUGGACGACCUGCAGCAGGUCAUGCCUGACCUGGCUCACGGGUUGGCGGAGCUGCUGAGCUACGAGGGAAACGUGGAGGAGGAUUUCUACCUCACCUUCCAGGUGUUCCAAGAGGAGAUGGGCGUUGUCAAAUCCUACAACCUGAAACCCGGAGGAGACAAAAUCCCCGUCACCAAGCAGAACAGGAAGGAGUACGUCCAGCUCUACAUCGACUUCCUGCUGAAUAAAUCCAUUUACAAACAGUUUGCUGCCUUCUACCACGGCUUCCACAGCGUGUGUGCCUCCGACGCCCUCAUGCUGCUGCGGCCGGAGGAGGUGGAGAUGCUGGUGUGCGGCAGUCCGGAGCUGGACAUGAGCGCGCUGCAGAAAGCUGCUCAGUAUGAAGGCUACAGCAAGAUGGACGCCACUGUGAGGUUCUUCUGGGACGUGGUUCUGGCGUUCCCUCUGGAGCUGCAGAAGAAGCUUCUGCACUUCGCCACCGGCAGCGACCGCGUUCCCGUCGCAGGAAUGGCCGACCUCAACUUCAAGAUCUGUAAGAUCGACGUUCCGGCAGACUGGCUGCCCAUCUCUCACACCUGCUUCAACCAGAUCUGUUUGCCUCCGUAUCGAACGCGGAAGGAGCUCAAACACAAACUCACCAUCGCCAUCUCCAACGCCGAAGGCUUCGGCCUGGAGUGAAGGGCCUGCGGACAGGAACACCAACAGAGACUGUCACACUGCGGGGAUCUCUGUGGAUCUCUGUGGAUCAGAAACUGAGCAGGUCCCAUUGUCUCCUGAUAGGCAGAUCAGACCGGAGCUUUAACCCAACAGCUGAACAACGGUUCAACAAAUCACUUCAUUUCCACAUCAACUCUGUUGGUUCUGCUUUAACAACCUGAUAAACACAAACCAAAUUGAUCUGCAACACUGUGCAAAAGCUUUACGCAGUUUAUAUGUUUAUUUCCUGAUUGCAGAGCUGAAGCAGAUUCUUCAGGCUGGGAAACUCUCUGCCUACCAAGUGCCUUAAAGAGAACAAACCUGAUGCCGUUUACUGUCCGUUCCUGUUGUAGAUCGAUGGUAAAACCUAUUACAGUUUUAAAGUUUUGUUUUAUUGAUAAACCUUUUGCACAGUAUUGUUGAUGUUAUCUGGGAUAAAAGUCUGACUAGUCUCUGAUCAGUGAAAAUAAGGUUAAAAAUUCCUGUUUUAAUGUAACAAAGUCCAAUCAUCAGUGGGUGAAAACGGUGGAGCCUCCAACGUCAGGCAGGAUCGAUUUUGCAGAAAGCAAACAGAAAUGCCUGAAGACUAAACUCAAUGACAUCCUCCUGUAAUGCUGCCAGUCUGGAUUUAAACAUGGCCUCCAACAAUUUUGAUUCCAAAUCUAUUGAUUUACAAACCGUGAUCAGUUUUUCUGAACAGAAAUAAAGACAGUUGAGAACCUUUUUGACAUAAAGUAUAAAUGCCUCCAGCUCCAGAUGAUGAAGAUCUGGUGUAAAGUUAAACUAAAUCAUCUUAAACUUGAGUUCUGCACACCUGACCCCAUAUAUUUAAAUAUGGCUGCCAUCCAGGAAGGCUAAUUAUUAUUUAUAUUAGAGUCACAGUGUUUUCCAGUUGGUGUUUCAUGCAACAUGUUUUUGCUUUUUGCAAAAAGUUCCCAUUUCUGCUGCAGAGGCUCCAUUUUAUUGUUUCUCAGGUAUUGAUUUGAAUAUUUUUUUCUGGUCCUGUUUAUUCGCACACUGUUGGUUAUAAACGGAUUAAUCAGGAGAAUGGAGGUGUGGAGGUUUAACUGAAGGUAAAGGUCAUGUAAGUAAGCUAGCUUGUUGGACAUAACUGUGUUAACGUUUCCUGUCAUGCUGCAGUCCUGACGUCUGACACUUUAUGAUUUCCAGAAAUGUUUUUUUAUUUGCUUUGUUUGCAGCACACUGUUACGACUGAACGCUUUACUCUGAAGAAUGCUUUUGUAUAUUACGAGACGUAGCUUGUGGCUUGUUCCCUUUGACAUUGCGGCCAGUUUGAUU